AUGGGAUUGAGCCAAGUCUCUGAUGUCACUCCAGACAUGAGUACGGUGGUGGCAAGAAACCACGCUAACACCUCUGGCACCUUGCCCACCUCGUCCCUCACUCAGUCAUCCUGCAGCAUCGACGAAUCCUACAAGUACGUCUUCCUGCCCGUCUGCUACUCGCUCACCUUCAUCUUCAGCCUCACCCUCAACUCUGUGGUGCUGCUGCGCUCCUGUCGCCACCAUGGAGGCUGCUGCGGUGUUGGUGGCAGCGGGCGACGCUGGAACACCUCGCUGAUCUACAUGAUGAACCUGGCCACCACCGACCUGAUGUACGGUCUGUCGUUGCCCUUCCUGGUGGCGAGCUACAUGCUGAGAGACCACUGGGUGUUUGGAGACUUCAUGUGCCGCCUUGUCCGCUUCCUCUUCUACUUCAACCUCUACUGCUCCAUCUUCUUCCUCACCUGCAUCUCCGUGCACAGGUACCUGGGUAUCUGCCACCCGAUGAGGACCAUCACUCUGGAGAGCAAGCGGGUGGUGAAGGGGACCUGUGCGUUGGUGUGGGUGGUGGUCUUCAUCCUAACCUGCCCUAUCUUUAGGUUUGCACAGACGGGUUAUGUCCAUCGAAGGGGUGGCGGGGUUGUUGGGUCUGAAGGUGUGAGGGACGACGGGAACUGGACUGGAUUUCAGGGGGAGGACGGGGAGGGGUACAUGAAUUGCUGGGAUGAUGCCAUCGAUAGCGAGUUUGCCGACUACGUCCCAUAUGGCAUUGUCCUCCACCUGUUGGGUUUCUUUGUGCCAUUUGUUAUCAUCGCCUGGUGCUACUCACAGGUCGUCAGGACGAUAUUUCAGACGCUGCGCUCCCCUCCUAGUUCCAUAGAGGGUGGCGAGGACGGUCCGGUGGGAGACGGAGCACCAGAAGGAGUUAGAGGGCGAGCGAGAACGUCUGUCUCCAUAUCCGGCUCGCAGUACUCGCACUAUAUCAGGCGACGGCGGAAAUCCAUUAAAACCAUUGUAACUAUCACGCUGCUGUUCGCUCUCUGCUUCCUGCCUUUCCACGUGACCCGGACCGUGUUUCUGCUCCUGCGGCAGGGACACCUCGGCGGCUGCAAUGCCAUGAAGACCGUCUCCAUCUGCUACAAGGUCACACGGCCGCUGGCCUCCUGCAACGCCUGGCUCAACGCCCUCCUCUACUUCCUGACAGGGGAUAAGGGUGCCCCCUGCUGCUGGCAGGUAGAGCCCACCAUCCGCAGAGACCGCCAGACCGGCUCCCUCUGGUGGCCACUGAAGAUCCUGAGGAAGGACGCAGUUGGAGAUGAUGACCAAGAGGCAGCCGAGAAGAUUGACAGGACGGUGCACAUGGAGAACGAGUCCAAGUCUUCGAGGGUCAUCUUCUGA